AACACUUCGCUUUUCACACAAUUCCUCGAAUUUUUAUCUCUCUACAAUUUGAUUCCAAUGGUAUAGGAUAAGCUUUGAUUUUGGGCUAAAAUGGUGGUGUAAAACCCUAGCUUACCGUAGCUAGCGUUGGGGGUUCUUCGUGUUGGAACUCAGCUCGAUUUCAGUUUUGGAAUCUCUGGAUUAGAUGGGGAACUGCUGCAGAUCUCCGGCGGCGGUUGCCAGGGAGGAUGUGAAGUCAUCGAACUACUCUGGUCAUGAUCAUAACAACCGGAAGGACAAGGCUAACGCUGGAAAUGGGAAGAAGGGACCGGUUACUGUUUUACCUGAUGUAUCGAAGGAAACUAUUGAAGAGAAGUAUGCGUUAGAUAGGGAGCUUGGCCGUGGAGAAUUUGGAGUGACCUACUUGUGUAUAGAUCGGAGCUCGAGGGAGUUGUUGGCGUGUAAGUCGAUUUCGAAGCGGAAGCUACGGACGGCGGUGGAUAUUGAUGAUGUGAGGAGAGAAGUGGAGAUCAUGAAGCACUUGCCGGAAAACUCAAGUAUUGUGACGUUGAGGGAGGCUUGUGAGGAUGAGAAUGCGGUGCAUUUGGUGAUGGAGUUAUGCGAGGGUGGAGAGCUGUUUGAUCGGAUUGUUGCACGAGGCCAUUAUACGGAGCGUGCAGCUGCCGCAGUCACUAGGACGAUUGUGGAGGUUGUGCAGCUAUGUCAUAAGCAUGGAGUGAUUCAUAGAGACUUAAAACCGGAAAAUUUCUUGUUUGCGAACAAGAAGGAGAAUUCGCCUCUCAAAGCCAUUGAUUUCGGCUUGUCUAUCUUCUUCAAGCCCGGUGAGAGGUUCUCUGAAAUUGUUGGAAGCCCAUAUUACAUGGCUCCAGAGGUGCUUAAGCGUAAUUAUGGACCAGAGAUUGAUAUAUGGAGUGCCGGAGUAAUUCUUUACAUUUUAUUAUGUGGUGUACCUCCAUUUUGGGAAGAGUCAGAGCAAGGGGUUGCACAAGCCAUUCUACGCGGGCUAAUAGAUUUCAAGCGUGAACCAUGGCCUAGUGUUUCUGAAGGUGCCAAGAGUCUUGUUCGGCAAAUGUUGGAGCCUGAUCCAAAGCUUCGCCUCACGGCUAAACAAGUGCUUGAACAUUCUUGGCUCCAAAAUGCUAAAAAAGCCCCGAAUGUUCCUCUUGGUGAUGUUGUCAAAUCAAGGCUAAAGCAGUUCUCAAUGAUGAAUCGAUUCAAAAGAAAAGCUCUGAGGGUUAUUGCUGAUUUCUUGUCCAAUGAAGAAGUUGAAGACAUCAAAGACAUGUUCAAAAAGAUUGACACUGAUGAUGAUGGCACUGUUACUAUUGAAGAAUUAAAAACUGGAUUGCAAAAGUCGAAUACACAGCUUGCCGAGUCCGAAAUACAGUUGCUUAUUGAAGCUGUAGAUACAAAUGGAAAAGGCACCCUAGAUUAUGGCGAAUUUGUUGCCAUUUCACUACAUGUGAGGAAAAUGGCGAAUGAUGAGCAUUUGCACAAGGCUUUCUCAUACUUUGACAAAGAUGGUAACGGCUUCAUAGAGCCUGAUGAGCUUCGAGAUACCUUAAUGGAAGACGGAGAUGAUAAUUCUGCAGAUAUUGCAAAUGACAUCUUCCAAGAAGUUGACACGGAUAAGGAUGGCAAAAUCAGUUACGAUGAGUUUGCGGGCAUGAUGAAAACGGGAACCGAUUGGAGAAAAGCUUCUCGACAUUAUUCAAGAGGCAGAUUCAACAGCCUGAGUGUGAAGCUGAUGAAAGAUGGUUCGCUAAACUUGGGGAGUACCCAGUAAGGUUUCUCUGCUUGAUUUGUUUUGUAAGUAUAUUGUUGGGUUCUGUUGGAUUAGAUGGCGUUCGAUUGGUUGACCUACAACAGGUGAGUUGUUCCUACCUAUGCUACCUCUCCUGAAAUGUUGUAAAUUGGACAGAUAGUAUGAUUCUGGCCUCUUUUACCACUUCAAAUGUUUUAGAGCUUGUAUUGGUUUAUAACAUGAAAUGUGGUGGUGGUAUUUUUAGCCAAAAAAAGUAGGCAUUGUUUGGUUUUCAUUCAUUUGAUCAAGCUAUUAUAAAGAUUAGUUUUGUUAA